AUGAGAAUUACCGAUGAUCGGCGCUCACACUCACCGGCGACCCGGCGAAACGGUGCGUUGCAAUCAUGCGAGCCCUGUCGCCGGUCGAAACAGCGGUGCGACCAUGAGCGACCCGUCUGUCGACGAUGCGCCUCGAAACGGAUGAGCGACAAAUGUUUCUAUCAUCCAGCUCCAAUGACCAGGCGGAGAUCUCUACAAAAUUCCAAUCCAACGAUAACGGUGACGGCCUCUAAUCGGUUUGCGAGCCAGCCGACCUCUAAUGCUUCGAGCCCAGGAUCUCUAGGCGGAAGUCGCAUUUUUGCAGCACCAGAGCCUCAAUCUGCUCUCCCCGGCUAUCUGGGAUCCACGAGCUUUACGGCAGUUCUAACAGAGCAUCGUGACGAAAUUCCUUUUGAACCAGAAGAGAGCUCGGAAUCCUACCCUGUCCUAUCGGUGGAGCCAGAGCGGGUCCAGUCCGGGGCAGACGUGCUGCUUUUCCUUUACAAUCUUGAUUUCCGGCAGAAGUUGGUUGACAAAUUCUAUAGCCGAUUGUGGCAUUCUGUCGUGCCGAAGAUAGUGUUGGAUGCUAUCCUUCACUCGAUACAGGAUAUCUUUCAUGGCUUUGAUCCCAAUAAUCUCAUGCCCCAGCUACAGAAUCUGGCCACGCAGAUAUUCCAGAAUUCAUCGAGAGCAAUGAAAAUAUAUGCGUCGAUGACUGUCAAGGAGUACUGUGACUCGUUCACAGGCCGCAAUCUCCGGUGGGAGGCUCUGGCAAACAUCUUUUCUGUGUGCGGGCAACAGCUGAUGAUCACCCCGGACAAUGACCCUGAGGUUUCGCAGGGGAGCGAGGACCCCCGGGUAAAAGACCGACUUCUGGAGCAGGUUAUAUGGGCAAGCACUGUUUGCUUAAGCUUCUGUGACCAAGCUUCUUCAGCAAAUGAAUUGCUAGCAUAUCUACAAUAUAACGAUGUUGUGCUCCGAACACAGCAAUAUGGUGAUUCAAGUUAUCAAGCGUGGCGUCGGUUGGGUGACUUAGUCGCCACUAUCUAUGCAUCGGGGAUUCAUCUUGAUACAGAUAGUGCUGAAAGCAGUCCUUUUUUUCUCCGCCAGUGGCGGAGAGGGUGUUUUAUCUCAGCUUUUUACAUGGAUAAGAUGAUGGCAACCUUUGUUGGCCGGCCGCCCCUCAUGAACUAUCGAUACUGCACUUUGGUCCCUCCGCUAGACCUGAGCGACGAUGUUCUUGUCGCGGGAGGUGACGCUCUUGAUCAAGCCAUAUCGGAGCUGGACAGUAAUGGUUGGAAUACAAAAGGGGCUCGGUAUCGAAUGACAUCCUCACGACUGCGUUUCCAUCUAGCUGUGGCAAGAGAGCAAACCCUUGAUGUUGCAUUAGGGAACCCUGAUGUCCACGAUCUUGUCCGCAAAUCAAAUGAAAUUGAAGAGAAUCUGCGCGUGGUGUGGAAUGCAGCCCCAGAUCUUCUCCGUUAUGAUCGCCGACCGAACGAUGAGUUCCAUCAUGGAUGGUUGAUGAUCGUUUAUCUUUAUCUUAAUUACCUUUACACCUGCUUCCUCCUCCAGCGGGCUCUAAUUAAGCACACAAACACUGGACAGGCCGCACUCUGUGAUGUUUCUCGCCGAGUCCUUGCGAUUGUCAUUACCAUCACUUCUCAACGAAAUCCAAUGAUGGAUCUUGACAGGCAUUAUUCGUGGAUUGCCCUCACAUACGGUUUACCCAGUGCUAGCGUUCUUCUCGUCGAGCUGCUACACCAGUCUCAUGAACCUGGUCCCCACACCAUUAACCUCCCGCGCGCCGAAUUGAUCCGCAACAUCAGUGUGUUCGUCUCGAUAUUGUCAUGGGUAUCAAGACCUGGUCAUGGAAACUAUCACCAGUGCAAGGAUGCAGAGAAGAAGUUGUCUCGUAUCUUGGACCAACUGCUGGACCCACAGCCCGUACAAGCAGACAUGAUGCACGAUGUAACCUCCGGCCUGUCUAGCUUUUUGGACUGGUCAAAUUAUAACGCCUGGGAUUUUACCGAGUAUUUCCCCGGUGCUGGAGGGUUUGCGCCAUAA